AUGUCUUCGUCGAGCGUGCCUCAGAACCCGACGCCCCAGACGGUGAUCCAACUCGUCCAGAAGCUGGGAGAUGCCGACCCGGACUUCCGUUUCAUGUCCCUCAACGACUUGCUCCAGGUCCUGGCCAACGGCAAGCCCGAUUUUCUGCACCACGACUACAACGUCGCCGCGCGCACAGUUGAUAGCAUCAUCAAGACGCUCGACGACCAGAAUGGAGAGGUUCAAAACCUGGCCAUCAAAUGGUGCGAGCAGGACCCCUUCCCGACCCCCGAUCCCUUGGGCAAGAGCUAA